AUGCAUUAAAAAGUUAUAUGAAUGCUAAAUAUAGUAAAAAUAUAAAAAAUUGAAGAGGGGUGAGUGGGUGACAGAUAUAAGUGGUAAAAACACUGUACCAAAUUUACCAAAAACAAAAAACACUGUACCAAAAGAAUGUGUUGAUGGUCUCGCCAAAAGAGGAAAAUAAAUGUCUUGGUUUAAUUGUGGUGGACCUCCUUCUCUGCACCAAAAGUGGCCAUACCGGUCGUGACCAAAGAGAGUGAAAAAAAAGAAGCAGCAGCUAAAGUGUGGUGUGACCUGUAGAGACAAAUUCUGGCUUCACAGAGAGAAAAUGAUGGCUUCAUCACAGACAAACUUACCCUCACCGUGUCCUUCUUCCUUAGCUCCUAAAACCCCAUCCAAAGACACAAAAUCCAUUGAAGAAGAAGUUUGGAACCAUAUAAAACUUGAUUCUCUUUGUAAUCGCUCCAUGGACAUGGACGCCACCCUAUCUUCCACCACCAACACCGCUUGUGCCUCAAGCAACAUGAUUCUUCACGAGUUUUUGGCUGGAUCCCUCAACAAAGACUCAUCUACAACCGUAUCCACUGCCUGCAAUCCUAUAUUGGUGGCUGAUUCUACUUUGCAAACUCAACCAACUUUGCCCAACUUCAGUUCUAGACCUGUCUUUCAGAACCAUAGUACUCAUAACUCCUCUCUUUCUUCCUUUACAACACGCUCCUCCUGUAGCAAGAAAAGGGUUCGCCAAGAUAUCUAUGUCGACCCCUCUGAUCAACGAUAUAAGCGCAUGAUGAAGAAUCGAGAAUCUGCUGUUCGGUCCAAAGCGAGAAAAAAGGCUUAUAAAAAUGCGUUGGAAAUUAAACAUGGCCGUUUAACGGAAGAGAAUUCUCGUCUGAGAAAACAAGUGGAAGAGUUGCAGCUCUGCUUGUCGUCCUCUGCUAAGCCUCCCAAAAUGGGCACUCUGUAUAGAACCUCAACAUGUCCAUUUUAAGAAUUAAGGUGUCAGCACUUGCUCGUAUGCUUUCAAGUUCGAACGUUUGAGAAUAAGAGAUUGAGGGGUUGUAAAGGGGUGUAACAAAGUGAGUUUUGGUACUCUGCAAGAUAUCUCCUUCAAGGGUCUCUUGCAAACUGAGAUCGUUGCAAGCACGUUGCUUUUUUUUACCUGUUUGUCAGGGUUGUUCCUAUUCAUAAUCUUUUUUUAAGUUGGAGUAAAUUGGAAGCUACAGUGUAACGGUAUUCUCCGAGUAUUAAUAUAUAACUGGUAUAUAUUUUCAUGGAUUAAUCAAUUAUUACCUGAUA